CAGACGGCAAGUGCCUACUGGCCGCUACGUUGUCCUGUUGUUUUUCUACUUAUUGUACACGUGAACUGGGAGGGAUCAUUGGAGGUGACUGCCAGGUUCCACGGGCGCUCUGAGUAUAAGCGACGACACGAAGUAGAUGCGACCAGUGCUUUCCGCUGUGGUUCGUGCGUAAUCGGAGCCUCUGUCCGUCGAACAUUGGGCAGGGUUCCGCCGGCGAUCUCCGAUGCGCACGACCUCGUUGUACUGGGGCCAACAAUGGUUCCCACAGCGAGCGACUUACGCUGCGGAUCGAGCUCCUGCUUUCCGAACCGGACCUGUGAAACUAGCACCACUGCGAAUUCCGUCGAGAACUCUACCUGCCGUUCCGGUUCUACGGACCCGAACAUCGACAAUAGCGUUCAUCCUGUAGAAGAGGCUUCGAAUGCGAUCUUUAUUGCCAGCGUGUCUUGUGCCGUAAUCCUUGUCUUCUGUAUCCUACUGGGAUGUGGUGUUCUUAUUGUACAUAGAACCAAAAAUAAACGGCGACAUCAUGGAACCUACAGUCCCUCCAGGGAGGAGCAGUCUGGAGGACGACGUAUGGAACUUUGUCAAGUACUUAAACCGCCUCCUAUCGAAAGACUCAUCUGAAACAGGCUUAACUGUGAGAUCUUACUUGGAUAAAUCGAUUAUAUACCGCCUUAUUUAUUCCGGACGGCCCGAUAAAAGUACAUAGCAAUUUUGUUGUGUAUUAUUAGAUGGCGUCGUUACCUUGGGAGAAGAUGAUUGUUGAGCGUUUUUUUAAUAUGAGCCGUAAUUAUUAACGUUUGUAACAUGUUUUCCCAUUAUAGUACCAGAUAAUGUUGUUUGUUUUGUUACGAUCAACUAUACAUUUUCAAAUUACGAAGUAACUACCCGAUACAAAGCAUAUGGCAGAAAAAACUCGUUUCGAUAACGCACAGCGUACACAAUCGUGGAGUCAAGUAAAAGAUGCUCAAGUUUCCACUUACUAUAGCUCCUUUUUUAUAUGAGAAAGUAACAGCUCAUAAUAUCUAGCUGCAUUUUAUUAUGACACAAAUUACUUUUGUAAAAUAAAUAAGCAGUUAACUUAAACAUUGUGUAUAAAAACAAAUAAAUCAUGCGAUAAGUACGCCUUAGUCAUGCAGCAUCUUGCCGAAAACUUUUUAACUUUAUUAGUCAAUAUUUAAGACGCACAGAUUAAGACGAUCAUUGAAAGAGCUUGAACGUUGAGACGUAAAAUUGCUCGUAUAAAGUUGAUUCCAGCAUGGAAAAUUUUCCCUUGAAUUCGGGUUUCCGCCCGUCUAACCAUUGUAUCAUUCUAAAAGACCUUAAACUCUGGAACCUGGACUACACACGUUACGAAUUAAACUUGGAUAGGCGAUACAUUAGUCUGCACGAAUCAGACGUAGACGUUUGGCAAGCAGAUCUAUAAAACCGUCGGCUAAGUGUGAGUUUGUAGUGCGUUAGCUGUUUUCCACGACACUUGAUCCUAUAUGUAAGGAUUACAAGAACUGUGCCGGAUCGGCCAAUGGAAGCUCAUCGAAGGUUCAAAAAUAUGACGCAUUGAGAAGGAGUAAUCUUUGUUUGGCGUAAAUGACAUUUUUUGCUAUUGUGGUGUUGAAAGCAAGUGGACAGGAGUUUUCACAACAGAGCUUAUGCUAGACAUAAUCUUCGCUGCGAGAAAGGGAGCAGCAUAACUCAAUGGAGGCUAGUUGACUUCAGAAUGGCAAAUAAAGCGAUCGACGUGUUAAACGCAAAACGCUCACGUGUACACGUAAUACGUGUUGGUUAGAACCACUUGACAACUUCUUACCUAUUCGCCGGAACUGCAGGCCUGCCCGGUUUUGAAAAUUUGUCCUGAUGUAUUUCGUCGUCUAUUUGUUUGGUGCGGAACACGUUAGUUCUGCAUAAUGUGGUAUUUAAAGUAUCGUUCCAAAUUAAAAUGUAAAAAAAGAUGAUGAAGUAUCAUGAGGCUGCUGAAAUGAUCGCUUUCGACUGAGAGUCCAAUCUAUCUGUAAAAUCGAUGCCGCAAAGUGAUUGGAUCAACACAUAACUUCAGUUAUGAUAUGACGAAUUUUGUUUUUUUUCUUUAUAUGUCAUCAUUCGACAGCAGACAUGUAGGAUAGUUAGAAAGUAUUAUAAACGAAAAUGUGAAUCGGACGUAAAUGCUCAAUUUUGACAUUUCUACUACAGUUAGUCUGUAUAAUACUCUUUUACACCACACAAGAGCAGAUUGAAUUCGCUUUACACUAAUACGAUGGUUGACAAUUUGUAUCAUA